AUGGCUUCUGGUCAAAAAUUGAGGUUCAACGCAGAGCAUAUUAAGCUGAUAAGGGACCAGUUUAAGCUUGUAGACUCGGAUGGAGAUAGGUUAAUAAAUGAGGAUGAGUUUCGGAAAUUGUUCAGAUCAUUUGGUCAAACUGUUUCAAAUAAACGUUUGGACUCGAUAGUUUCAGAGGUUUUUAAGGAUCUCGAUGGUUCCAAAGGAAUUGAUUUUGAGACUUUCAUCAACAGCUUCAUAAAGUUUUAUUCUCGUCCUCCCACAGAGAAGGCCCUGGCUGAGGCUUUAAGUUUGUUUGAAAACAGCUCAGGAUACCUUGAUAAGCCAAGAUUAUUUAACCUUCUUUCAACUAGAGGCGAGAAGCUCAGCAAAUCAGAACUUGAGGAGUUUUCCCAAAUUAUGGGUCUUAAUAAGGACGUUUCGAAGUUAGACUCAAGAAAAUUGGCAGAAAACAUGUGUGGUCUUCUUUCUCAGGUCCCAACUCCAAACUAA